AUGGCCCCUUCACUCACAGAGACGCUUCCCUUGCGAUCAUCUAUCAAGGGUUCCGAAGCCAAAGUCCAAUACCCAGCACCCUUGAAACCAAGCGGCGCAUUAGACAAGUUCGACUACGAAGAGACAACACCAGUGAUCGGCCGGGAAUUUCCCACCGUAAACAUAGUCGACGAUCUCCUGAGCGCUCCAAAUGCCGAUGAGCUCCUACGAGAACUCGCCAUAACAAGUAAAAGCCGCUCUCCCCUCAACUUCAAAAAGAGCCAACUCCUAACUAGCUACCAUUUAGUCUCCCGCCGCGGCGUGGUCUUCUUCCGAGCCCAAAAUAAUCUAACAGACGACCUCCAAAAGCACCUAGUAGACAGCCUGGGAAAACUAAGCGGAAAACCUGCAGAUUCAACCCUGCACAUCCACCCGCUCCUAAACAAUACCCACGAAUUCGGCGUCCAAGACGCCCAAGUAAGCACUAUAAGCUCCCUCUCGCGCAAAAAGGUCUUCGGCCACGAACAACAAGCCAACAAGCGCCGUUACGAUGCCGCCCAAUGGCACUCAGACAUCCAAUUCGAGCCCGUGCCUGCAGAUUACACCUCUCUCCGCCUAACCCAGCUGCCUAAGACAGGCGGCGACACGCUCUGGGCAUCGGGGUAUGAACUGUACGACCGGUUCUCGAAGACGUAUCAGACCUUCUUUGAAGGGCUGACGGCUGUUUAUUCGGGCGACGGUUUCGUCAAGGCUGCUGAGCGCGAUCCAGUCGCCAACAAGCUCUACGCAGAGGCUCGUGGUAACCCGCUGAAUUUCGGGACCGAGUUGAAGACUGUUCAUCCGGUUGUGCGGACAAACCCUGUUACAGGGUGGAAGAGUAUCUUCGCUGUUGGGCCGUUUCCGACGCGUAUCAACGAGCUUACGCCUGACGAGUCGAGCGAGCUGUUGAAGAAGUUUCUUAAUACCGUUGUUGAAAGUCAUGAUCUUCAGGUUCGGUUCAAGUGGAGAAACGAGAAUGAUAUCGCUAUCUGGGAUAACCGGUCUGCUUUCCAUACUGCCACUUUUGAUUAUGAGGGUCUUGGUGAACGAUUUGGUCAUCGGGCUGUUGGCAUUGGCGAGCAGCCGUAUUUGGAUCCCAACAGCAAGUCCAAGGCUGAAGCUGAAGCUGAAGAGCUGCUGGCCUAA